GCUCGGCGCUCCGCGGCUUCCUGGCUGCGCGCGCACGCACGUCCGCCCCUCGCUUCCGGCGCGGCGGCCUCCGCCGGACAGACGGGACCGGGCGCCCGGCCUCCCCGAGGGCAUGCGGCGCUGAGGGGCGGCGGACCCUCCGCGGCGGCGCCAUGAACCUCCUGCCGUGUAACCCGCACGGCAACGGGCUGCUCUACGCCGGCUUCAACCAGGACCACGGAUGCUUUGCAUGUGGGAUGGAAAACGGAUUCCGAGUCUAUAACACCGAUCCGCUUAAAGAAAAAGAGAAACAAGAAUUUCUGGAAGGAGGAGUUGGCCAUGUUGAAAUGUUAUUUCGCUGCAACUAUUUAGCUUUAGUCGGUGGUGGGAAAAAGCCGAAAUACCCCCCCAACAAAGUGAUGAUCUGGGAUGACCUGAAGAAGAAGACUGUUAUUGAAAUAGAGUUUUCUACGGAAGUCAAGGCAGUCAAGCUGCGGCGAGAUCGAAUUGUGGUUGUUUUGGACUCAAUGAUUAAGGUGUUUACAUUCACACAUAACCCCCAUCAAUUGCAUGUGUUCGAAACCUGCUAUAAUCCUAAAGGCCUCUGCGUCCUGUGCCCCAACAGUAACAACUCCCUCCUGGCCUUCCCGGGCACGCACACGGGCCACGUGCAGCUCGUGGACCUGGCCAGCACCGAGAAGCCGCCCGUGGACAUUCCAGCCCACGAGGGCGUCCUCAGCUGCAUUGCUCUUAACCUGCAGGGAACAAGAAUCGCAACCGCAUCUGAGAAAGGGACCCUUAUAAGAAUAUUUGAUACUUCAUCAGGGCAUUUAAUCCAGGAAUUACGAAGAGGGUCUCAAGCCGCCAACAUCUAUUGCAUCAACUUCAAUCCGGACGCUUCCCUCAUCUGCGUGUCCAGUGACCACGGCACCGUGCACAUUUUUGCUGCCGAAGAUCCAAAAAGGAAUAAACAGUCUAGUCUGGCCUCCGCCAGCUUCCUUCCAAAGUACUUCAGCUCCAAGUGGAGUUUCUCCAAGUUUCAGGUGCCCUCAGGCUCUCCGUGCAUCUGUGCCUUUGGAACGGAGCCAAAUGCCGUCAUCGCCAUUUGCGCAGACGGCAGCUACUACAAGUUCCUAUUCAACCCCAAGGGGGAGUGCAUCCGGGACGUCUACGCGCAGUUUCUAGAAAUGACCGAUGACAAGCUGUGACUCCGCCGGGUGCGAGCAGCGCCCACGGCCGGCCACCCCAAGGCGCUGAGUGUGCCCGUCAGACUCUGUGGCGCUGCGGUGCCCGCGGGCCUCGUGCUCACGGCCGGAGGACCCCCCGGGACCGCGCUCCUGAAGCCAUCCUGCGGUUGUCUGUUUUCCCGAGCAGGGCUUCCCGUUUCCAGUAUUAAAGAAGGAUCAUCCUCCCGGCAGUGUAGACGCUCCCGAGGCUCUGAGCAGCCGGGCCCGACUGCUGGCCUGUCACCCGUAGUCCAGCUGUGACGCUCGCUUCCGUGCUUCCGCCGCCCCCGCCUGCGCCCCGUGCCCUGGGCGCUCCGCACGCGGACUGCGCUGACACAGCGAUGGACGCAUUAAAUUUUGUUUUGGCCGCAGAUUCCAUCAUUUUCCCUGAGUCUGUCACGGGGGGUGAGCACGCGUGUCCGUGUUCGUCCUGACGGCCCUGGGUCUCCACGCGGGGCCACGGUACCAGCAGCCUUAGGACAGGAGGGAGGGGUUCCUUCUCCAUCUGGACGUGAGCAACAACCCCGCCGUGCUGGGGAGCCCGGGGUGGCGCUCCCUGCGCCGCGACCCCGCCGUCCCCGAGCCUGUCGCCAGCCUCGCAGCAGCUGCGUGUCCACGGGGCACCGUCCUGUCGGAGCUGCUGGAAUCGGGGCAGAGGCCCGGCGCUCUGUGGGCUCGCCCCCGGGCCCGGGUUUCCGUCGUGCGUGGGGAGCAGAGCAGCGCGUAGCUCUCAGACCAGCCCCCAGGAGGGCGGCACCUGGCCGGGACGGAGGGCGGCCGGGCAUCGGGCGCACAGGCCUCGGCCGCGGGCAGUGCUGGGGCGCGAGGCCCGCCAGGACCCUUCCUGGCAUUUGGGGCUGAGGCCGGUCGUGGGCUCUGUGGUGUUAGUGCUCCCGGAGGUAUGUAUUUGAUUUUCUUAAAUUCCUUUUAAAGAAACCUAGUUUCACGGUUCUGGUUUCCGGUUGUGAACGUUGAAAGUCUGGGGCCGCAGCUGUCGUCCUGCCAGUUCUUUUACUGUCAUGUAACCAACUCACUUUGUACGUGGAUUUCAGUGUAAAGUCUGCAUGUUCCUUUCGUGUGUAUUUAAUCAUGAAAUUUAAUUUUGCACUUAUUUGUAAUGUCCCUUUUAAAUAAAAGUGACUAAUUUUGUUGUA